GGCUGCUGUAGCUACACCCGGCGCGGGUUGUGCCGCGGCCGCAGCGCCGCCUCCAGCCGAGACGCCCCAGCCCACGGGGAGCGGGAGCCGCUCAGCCGGAGCCGGCCGCCUGGCGAGCCCCGCGCGGAGCUCUGGCCGCCCCGGUGGUGGUGGCGCGGCGCGGCGCGGGGCGAACAUGCUGCAAGCGCGGCUGGCUCCCGGGCUGGCCGCUGCCUCCCGCUGCCUGCGCUCCGCGAGCCGGGGAGAGCUCCCCGUGGCAGCCGGCCGAGGGGCUGGUGCGGAGGCCGGGCUGGUGCGGAGUCGGGCCUCCCCGCCGAGGUGUUGCUCUGGCGUCGGGAGGAAGUGGAUCAAACCCACAGGCCGGGAGACCGGGAUCCAGACCUACAACAGCCUGAGCAGAAGCAAAGAACCCUUAAUACUGGCUAAUGCAGGAGUGGCGACCUGGUAUAGCUGUGGGCCAACAGUGUAUGAUCAUGCGCACCUUGGGCAUGCUUGUUCCUAUGUUAGAUUUGAUAUUAUUCGAAGAAUAAUAACUAAAGUUUUUGGAAACCAAGUAGUCAUGGUGAUGGGGAUUACAGACAUAGAUGACAAAAUAAUUAAAAGAGCCAAUGAGAUGAACAUAUCACCAUUAGCUCUUGCCCGGGUUUAUGAAGAAGACUUUAAACAAGACAUGGCUGCAUUAAAGGUUCUUCCCCCAACAGUAUAUAUGAGAGUGACUGAAAAUAUUCCUCAGAUAAUUUCUUUUAUAGAACGAAUAAUGGCUAGUGGACAUGCUUAUGCAACCUCCAAAGGUAAUGUUUAUUUUGAUGUCAAGUCUAGGGGAGAACGAUAUGGAAAGUUAACUAGUGUUUACCCUGAUGUACAAGAGGAAAUGGUUGAUAGUGAUAAGCGACAUGUCAAAGAUUUUGCCCUGUGGAAGGCAGCUAAACCUCAAGAACUUUAUUGGGCUUCUCCCUGGGGAAAAGGAAGACCUGGCUGGCACAUCGAGUGCUCUACAAUUUCGAGUACAGUGUUUGGAAGCCAACUGGAUAUCCAUACUGGUGGCAUAGAUCUUGCUUUCCCACAUCAUGAAAAUGAAAUUGCACAGUCUGAGGUUUAUCAUCAGUGUGAACAAUGGGGAAAUUAUUUUCUACAUUCUGGGCAUUUGCUUAUUAAAGGAAGUCAAGAAAAAAUGUCAAAAUCAUUAAAAAACUACAUUACAAUUAAGGAUUUUUUGACAAAGAAUUCAGCGGAUGAAUUCAGAAUGUUUUGUUUGCGCAGCAAGUACAGAUCAGCAAUAGAAUUUGGUGAUGACAGCAUGAAUGAUGCAAAGAACCUCCUUCAGGCCAUCUCUUCUUUUAUUAGUGAUGCAAAUGCUUAUAUGAAAGGACAGCUGGUGUGUGACCCCAUUAAGGAAGAUGUACUGUGGGAGAUGCUAGCCAACACAAAAGCAAAUGUAAAGGCUGCAUUUGCAGAUGACUUUGACACCUCUAGGGCUGUUGCUGCAAUUAUGGACCUCAUUCACCAUGGCAACAGACAGCUUAAGGCUGUUACUAAGGAAGGUGGAUCUCCCAGAAGCCCUGUUGUGUAUGGGACCAUGCUUUCCUAUACAGAAGACUUCUUUAACACUGUUGGAAUAUCUCUUGGAGACAGACAGGUUGUUCCAGAAAACAAAAAUUUAGCUACGCUUUCCAAUGUGAUUGAUGAGCUAGUGAGCUUCCGUGUCAAGGUGCGGAAUUAUGCUCUUGCUAUGCCUGGAGCAACAGAAGCAGUGCAGGUGGAAGAAGGUACCAUUCUAACAAAGGAAACAAAACAGAAAGAGAGAGAGACAAAACAGCAGUUAUUUCUGGAGCGAGAACCUCUUCUGCAGGCUUGUGACAACCUGCGGCGAGACCUUGCUGCAUUUGGAAUCAACAUAAAGGACAGGGGUACUACUUCUACGUGGGAAGUGGUGGAUCAACCAAGAGAAGAGCAAAGAACUGAAACUGGCAGCCGAUAUAGCACAGGAACAUGAGUGGACUGAUCAUGUCACAGUGAAUGCUUUGGGAAAUAAUUAAUUUACAGUUCCUAAUCAAAAUUUCAAAAAAGACAUUUCUGCAGGGUUCCAUCUAUUAAUAAAGAGUAACUUAAAUACC